CGCCCCUUCUGUCAUUUUGCAUGAUUGUACACUCACACAGGAAACGCAGUUCCUCCUUGGCUUUGCCUGUAUCACGUCCAGAUAAUCUUUCCAGAAGUGUAGUCCUGUGUUUAUCUGUAACUGUCGUUGAAAAUGUCGUUUCGUCAGAAGUCUAAAUGCGCCGACGGUGAAUAUAAUGGAGAUGAAAAUAGGAACCGGGGACCCUCGAAGUGGUCUAAUUGCCGGAAACGUGGAGCUGAUGGCAGUAUGAGAUCAAAUGGUGAUGUGGACUCUACUAGUACCAGUGAUCUGAAGAAAAGCAACCCCACGCACAAGCACCCGGACAACAGGCCUGUUAGUUUUACUACUCCAGAAAGUGGAGGUCCAGUUUCCAGGUGCACAGACUGGGGGAGUGAAGUGGAGACUGACGAAAUGCGCACAAGCGUUCGUCGUGAUAUGCAACGUUACAGGAGGAGGAUAUUGACAGCAGAUUUUGGUCCAAGGGAAAGAACAAACUCUUCUGGAAGCUCAGACUCCAGGGACUCUCCUGUACCUGGCGAAGGCAUGGAGGAUGAUGAAGAAGUCCUGAUGAGGAGGCAGAAACAGAUCAAUUAUGGCAAGAACACACUUGCCUAUGACCGAUACAUUCAGGAAGUACCCAAGCAUUUGAGGCAGCCAGCACAUCCUAAGACCCCCAACAAGUUCAAGAAGUACAGCCGGCGCUCAUGGGACCAGCAGAUUAAGCUGUGGAAAGUGAAAAUUCAUGCAUGGGACCCUCCAGCCCAACAGGGCAGUGAACUACAAGCCAUAGAGGAGGUUGAUUUGGAUGAUAUAAUGGAUAUCGAGCUGGACUUCCCGGAGCUGGAUUCAGAUGCAAGCGCACAGCCUGUCAAAGUCACUAAGGCCCCUUCAUCUCAAUUGGACACUUGCCAUGGAACUCCCAGCAAGAUGAUAAAAAUGGAAGCAUCUGUUGAUCUUGACAUGGUUUAACUGAAAAUGUGAAAAGUCCUCCAUACCAUGCAAAAAAUGGACACUUACCUGUGAUAACCACCUCUGGUUGAAUGCAGUUUCUGUAAAAGGCUAAUCGACACUCCUAUUACCCAAUGACUGGUGUGUUCAUAGGCAAUCCAUGCCUAAGACUCCAGUAGGUGGGGGUGGGGGGGCAGUUGAAUGCUUAAAGUUCCAGGAGACAUUAAAUAUGGAUUGAAUCCAAGUCAGUGAACUGAAUUGUAUAUAAUUAUUUUGUUUUCUUCAAAGUUGGCGGUUGAUGCUUGCAUUGCAUUUGCAGUUUUUAAUGCCAUGUAUGCCCAGAAAACAUUGAGUAAUUUGUGUAAAUUUUUUGUUAAAAAUUUUAACUGUUUUUGAGUACCAUGUUGUGCUGUUGUUUUUUUUGAGCCUUCUGUUAAUAAUGGGUUUUUAAUAAAAUAUAUAAUAAAUGUUA